GGCAAUACAUCUUCAGUCCACCAAGUGUCUCACCUCUGCCUUUCGGGCAGCUCCACUUCACCAGAACCACCUCCUCUCUUCUUCCUCAUCUCUCUCGCCCCUCCUUCGCCUUCCUCAGACCUGCGGUUACUUGAUCCAGGCAGGGCAAGACAAGGCAAAGCAAGGCAGGGCAGGGCAGGGCAGCCCCGGUCGGAGCGCGGGCAGAGCGCCUUUCCCGAGGAGAUCCGGGCCGUGCAGCGCUUCCUGGAGGGCCGACAUGGAAACGAAAUCCUUCAUCCGAAACUCCCUAUGAAGUCCUAAAACAGGCACUCAUGGAAGACUCUUUGCAAACCUCCAUUCACAUGUGCCAUGAAAAUGGUCAAUGGAUGUCACAAUUACCAGAGAAGCUCUGGGAUAUUCCACUCUACAAUUUAGCUCUUCCAGGGAGUCAUGACACCAUGACCUACUGCUUGGAUAAAAACUCUGCUGUCAGUGGCAACGAAUGCAAGCUGGUGAAGUUUUUAAGCAAAUGUAUACCCUGCAUUGUACACCCUGUUAUCAUGAAGUGGUCUACAACACAGGUACUGACUGUGACAGAGCAACUUGAGGCUGGAGUUAGAUAUCUGGAUUUCAGGAUUGCCCACAAGCCUAAUGAUCCAUCUGUGAAUUUGUACUUUGUGCAUAUGGUUUACACAACCGUUACUGUACAGGAUAUUCUGUGGGACGUGUUAAGGUGGUUGGAAACUCAUCCUCAGGAAAUUGUUAUCUUAGCGUGCAGGAAUUUUGAUGGAUUAAACAAAAAACUUCAUUGUCGUCUAAUUGCCUGGAUAAAAGAGAUUUUCCAGUGUAAACUGUGUCCCAGAAAUGUGGUGCCAACGCUGCGGACCAUGUGGCAGCAUGGCCAUCAGGUUAUAGUCUCAUAUGAAGAGGAUGCAGAAGUGGAAGAGCACUGCGAGUUGUGGCCUGCAAUCCCAUACUGGUGGGGAAACAAAACUGCCACUCGCUCUCUUAUCCGGUUUUUAGAGCGUAUGAAGCGGAUGGGCCGCCCAGAAAAAUUCUUUGUGGCAGGGAUUAACCUUACUGAAAAUUUAAGGUAUAUUCUCCAACAUCCAUUUGGAUCACUGAAGAAAAUGACACUCCAGAGUCUUCCAUGCUUGAAAAUAUGGAUAAAGCAGCAAUAUCCAGGACCACAAAAAGAAUGUAUUAACAUCAUUGCUGGAGACUUCAUAGGAAAUGACGAUUUUGUCAAAGAUGUGAUAGAACUUAACACAAAAAUUAAUCCUUCAUCACCCUGUCUAAGAAAAGGGGCUGGAACAAGUAGCAUUUGAUUCUCAGUUUCUCUGUGAAACCUGAAAAGGCUUUGUCUGCAUUUAAUGUGUCCUGGUUCAAACAGGUCCAGUUACCUUAAACCAGGGAUGUUGUAAAGGCUCAGUAAGAAAAGCAUUCCUACUAUCAUCAGGGUUUCAAGGCUUUCUCACAGAAAAGAGAGCAGGCAGACCUUGUUGAAGUCACUAGAGGACUAUGGUAGAGGUAUAAUUUACUUGGAGGUGCUUAGAUUCUGUAGCAGCUGGCAACACUGAAAGCCCCAGGAACUUAAUCUUAUUUUAUUUAAUUUAUGAGCAAAGAGGAGAAAUAUUUCAGCAGCUGCAUGAAUUAUUUUGUGAUACGAUUUUAUCUUUCUUAUAAUUGUAAAGAUAUUCUGCACUACUUGCAGCCCAAACUCUCAGUCUCUUAUAUCAGUGUGAAACUGACUUGUCUAUUUUCAUAGUCUGUGAAACAUAUACAAAAGGAACAGUUUAAAAAUAUUUCUGAUUUACUGAAGAUGUUGUAUUGACUGUCCUAGCUGACAUAUUUUUUAUAUAGGACCAUUGGAAAUCUAGAAGCUGUUGGUUUGCGCUGCAUAUCAGUUGUGAGCCCCUUUACCAACAAGGUAGUCACAAAAUUAUGAUUUUUAAGAGGUAUGUGUAUUCAAACACUCUUUCUAUCACUUAAUGCCAGUUCUGCAGUGAUAAAGAUACCAAACUAGACCCCUAGACAGUUUCAUCUGUGGUAAUGAAGUAUGUUUUACUAGGUGUUGCCAAAAUAUGCCUUAAGUGGAAAAUAAACACGUAAGAAACAAAUUCCUUAUCUAAACUCAGACUGCUCUGAAAAUGCAGAUUCUUGGCUUCUGUCAUACUCAUUUGGGGUCCCAUGCCUGGAUUUUAAUUUAUGUAUUGUAAUAGCUCUGUAAUUAAUUUUCCUCUCAAUAAGUAAUUUUUGCUUGUGUAAAAACCGAGGGAUUUAUGCUCUUUGCCACUGCAUAUUAAUCAUAUCUUUCUAAUUUUUUAGAUUAGCUGUGCAAUAGAUAAUUGUGAAGGUUAAGAGAAAUGGCAAGCAUCAGGACUAAAACAAAACCAGGCACUGUAUAAAGUAAGUUUGCUAUGCAGCCUCAUCAAUAUACCUCACUUUUUAGAUGCACUUUAUAUGCAAAAGCUGAGUUCAAAUGUCUGGCAAGAUGUUAAUGGUUGUGAAAGUUUUAAAUCUACUGCUACUUGACAUCAGUUCAAACCCAUCCUAGACUUCUCAGCAUGAAAGGCCAAGAUGCUACCUCCUCAUGCAAUGUCUUGCAAUUGCAGAAUACAUGAAUAAAAACCCUUAAACAUUCCAUUUAUAAAGAGUUUUUAAAUGCUUUGCUUUUUAUCCUUGUUUCUUACCUCUGUGUACUUCAUACUAAGCAGUCACUCAGUUCUGAUUUUUUUUGAGUCACUACCUGCAUGAAGUGUUCUAUUACAUAUUCUCAGAAUGUUUUUUUGCCUAUCUUACCUUUUGUACUCUCAUGUGGCUUGUUACUCCAUCUAAUAAAACUUGAGUUCUCUGUAAUAUGGACUGAAAUAGUUUUGCUUCUGCUUUUUGUGAUGAUACUGCUUGUUUUAUUGGUUCCCAGUAGUAAUUCAUCACUCAGGUAAUGGAUCAGCUUGGUUUUUUUUUUUUCCUUUGUGAAAUAAUUUCACACAAAAUCCAGUUUGCUGUAGCUUACGCAUUUGCUCC